CAGGCUCUUCCACACACACGCCUCACUCCACCCGGGCCGGAGGCUUUGACAAUGCCUCUGGAGAGGUGACCGCCUCCUCCUGAUCCCGAAGCACAUUUUCUGCGACCAUGGCGAACAAAUAAAAUCCGCGUUUGGCUGCUUCACCGAAAAACUGAAUAAAUGCGCGUCUCGCUUCCAGCAGGGCGACGCGGAGGUGGAGAGCUCAGGAUAGAGGCGCUUUAGUGAAGAGGGUGUAGGGAGGCUCACUCUCUCUCUCUCUCUUUCUUGUCUUCUAAGCGGAUAAAGAGAAAAGGGAAAUCGGGCUAUUUUUAAGCGGACUCCUUAGGACCGAGCCCCCGCUUGACACCAUGACCAGCGCGCCGGAUGAGAGCUCGGUGCGCGUCGCCCUGAGGAUCCGUCCUCAGCUGGCGAAAGAGAAGAUCGAGGGCUGUCACAUCUGUACCUACGUGAUGCCUGGAGAGCCACAAGUGGUCCUGGGAAAGGAUAAGGCCUUCACCUAUGACCAUGUCUUCGAUAUGGACAGCGUGCAGGAAACCAUCUACACCCACUGCACAGAGAAACUCAUCGAAGGUUGUUUUGAGGGCUACAACGCAACCAUCUUCGCUUAUGGACAGACGGGUUCGGGGAAGACGUACACCAUGGGAACCGGCUUCGACGUUAACAUUGGGGAAGAGGAGCUGGGCAUCAUUCCCCGCGCCGUCAACCACCUGUUCAGAGGGAUCGAGGAGCGCAGACAGGCUGCCACCGAGCAGGGCCGACCCGUCCCCGAGUUCAAGAUCAACGCACAGUUCCUGGAGUUGUACAAUGAGGAGGUGCUGGACCUGUUUGACUCGACGCGAGACCUCGAGGCCAGGAAGCAGAGAUCCAACAUCAAGAUCCAUGAGGACGCCAACGGGGGCAUCUACACCGUGGGCGUCACCACCCGCACCGUCACCUCCGCAGCCGAGAUGAUACAGUGUCUGAAGCUGGGCGCCCUGUCUCGUACCACCGCCAGCACCCAGAUGAACGUCCAGAGUUCGCGCUCUCACGCCAUCUUCACCAUCCACCUGUGCCAAGUGCGAGUCUGCUCUCCUGAUAACAAUGAUAAUGAAACCGAUAACCGUCUGGCUAGCAGCUCGCAGAUUGAUGAGUUUGAGACGCUGACGGCCAAGUUCCACUUUGUGGACCUGGCUGGUUCUGAGAGGCUGAAGAGAACCGGAGCUACAGGAGACAGAGCUAAAGAGGGCAUCUCCAUCAACUGUGGGCUGCUUGCCCUGGGAAACGUCAUCAGUGCGCUGGGAGACAGGAGUAAGCGUUCUACUCACGUGCCUUACAGAGACUCCAAACUCACCCGGCUGUUACAGGACUCACUGGGUGGCAACAGUCAAACGGUGAUGAUCGCCUGUAUCAGCCCAUCGGACCAGGACUUCAUGGAGACCCUGAACACCUUAAAGUACGCCAACCGGGCCCGAAACAUCAAGAACAAGGUGAUGGUGAACCAGGACAAAGCCAGCCAGCAGAUCAGCGCCUUGAGGACAGAGAUAGCACGGCUGCAGAUGGAGCUGAUGGAGUACAAGACGGGAAAGCGCAUGGUGGGUGAAGACGGCAUGGAGGGCAUCAACGACUUGGUCCAUGAGAACUCCAUGCUGCAGACGGAGAACAACAACCUGAGAGUGAGGGUCAAGGCCAUGCAGGAGACCAUCGACGCCCAGAGGGUCAGACUCACAAACAUCCUCAGUGACCAGGCCAACCAGGCUCUGGCCAAAGCAGGUGAGGGUAGCGAGGAAAUCGGGAACAUGAUUCAGAACUACAUCAAGGAAAUCGAGGAGCUCAGAGCUAAACUUCUGGAGAGCGAGGCCGUGAACGAGAACCUCAGGAAGAAUCUGUCCCGGGUCUCGAAUCGCUCCUCGCUGUACGCCGGCCCCGGCUCCUUCUCCCCUGCCCUCUUGGCCCCCGAGAAGGAGGCCAGCGACGUCAUCGAGAUGGCCAAGAAGGACCUGGAGAAACUCAAGAAGAAGGAGAGGAAGAAGAAAAAGAGACUGAGGCGAUACGAGGAGAAUCACCAGCAAGACGUUGACCACGCCAGCGUUGUCAAAGAGGAAUUCCCAGACAACGAUCAGGAAAGAGGCCACGACGAGGCAGAAGUGGAGGGCAGCGACCACGAAGAGGCCGAGGAUGCUGAGGGAGAAGAGGAGGACUUUGACGUGGCCGGAGAAGAGACGUCAGACGAGACGUCGGACUCUGAGGAGCUGGAAGAGAAAGAAAACUUCCAGGCCGACCUGGCCAACAUCACCUGCGAGAUCGCCAUCAAGCAGAAGCUGAUAGAUGAGCUGGAGAACAGCCAGCGGCGUCUGCACACGCUCAAACAGCAGUACGAACAGAAGCUGAUGAUGCUGCAGAAUAAAAUCAAAGACACACAGCUGGAGAGGGACAAAGUGCUGCACAAUAUGGGUUCGGUGGAGUCCGGUACGGAGGAGAAGGCCAAAAAGAUCAAAGUGGAGUACGAGAAGAAGCUGAGCUCCAUGAACAAAGAGCUGCAGAAGCUCCAGUCAGCUCAGAAGGAGCACGCCCGCCUCCUGAAGAACCAGUCGCAGUACGAGAAGCAGCUCAGGAAGCUCCAGCAGGAUGUGAAUGAGAUGAAGAAAACAAAAGUGGCACUGAUGCGUCAGAUGAAGGAGCAGCAGGAGAGGAACAGGGCCACGGAGUGCAAGAGGAACAGAGAGAUUGCCUCUCUGAAGAAAGACCACCGCAGAGCCGAGCACCAGCUGAAACAGCUGGAGGCUCAUAAGAGGCAACAGGAGCUGAUCCUUCGCAGGAAGAAUGAAGAGGUGACGGCUCUGAGGCGCCAGGUGAGGCCCGUGUCUGGGAAGGCAAGCAGGAAGGUGAGCUUGCCCGAGCCCCCCCAGGAGCCGACACACAGAGCCACCCCAGGAAGGCUGCAGUCCUCCGGAUCGAGCCAUUCUAAUGGAGCCAGGAGCUCCCCAGUGCGGACGGGAAGCACCUACCUCAGCAGGACAGCCAGGGCUAAAUGGCAGUCGCUGGAGAGACGAGUCAGUGACAUUAUCAUGCAGAGGAUGACCAUCUCUAAUAUGGAGACAGAUAUGAACCGACUACUGAAGCAACGGGAGGAGCUGACCAGGCGGAGGGAGCGAGUGUCCAGGAAGAGAGAAAAGAUGGCGGUGGACGGCGCAGAUGCAGACCGCUCCCUGGCCUCCCUCAACGAGGAGCUGGAAUCUCUGAGCGCCAACAUCGACUACAUCAACGACAGCAUCGCCGACUGCCAGGCCAACAUCAUGCAGAUGGAGGAGGCCAAGGAGGAAGGAGACACGGUGGAUAUUGUGGCUGCGAUCAGCUCUUGUAACCUAUCAGAGGCCCGCUUCCUCCUGGACCAUUUUGUGACUAUGGCCAUCAAUAAGGGUCUCCAAGCGGCCCAGAAGGACUCCCAGCUGAAGGUGAUGGAGGGCAGGCUGAAGCAGACCGAGAUAAACAACGCCACACAGAACCAGCUGCUGUUCCACAUGCUGAAGGAGAAAGCGGAGAUCAACCCGGAGCUGGACGCCCUGCUGGGCAGCGCUCUGCAAGAGUUAGGUUACCUGUCACCAGCAGAGAACGGAGAUGACAGCAGCAGCGACGAGUCCACAACCAGUCCAACCGCAGAGGGCAGCUCUCUGGCAUCAGAUUUAAUGAAGUUAUGUGGUGAAUCCAGACUGAGAAGCAAGGCUCGAAGGCGGACCACCACCCAGAUGGAGCUGCUGUAUGCCAGUAGUGGGGAUCUGUCCUGUGAAUCCCAGACCGGAGACUUCUCAGCCCCUCUGCUGCCCCUAGCAGAGCGCGUGGAAGGGCCAGCAGACAUGCAGGGUCAUGCCGUUGGUCAAACCCCCGACCGGGAGCAAACUGUUUCCCCAUCUGCUCUGUCUGCCCGGCCAGCUGGCAUACCUGUAUCCAGGUCGCCUACGGGGACGGAGAGGAAGCUACCGGAGCGCUCACCGCUCAGCCGCAGGAGGAUGUCGGACAGAGGCACGGCAGUCCCAGCGUCACACAUCCCAGCACCUGUACACACAGCUCCAGCUAGCACCACGGAAACUAAGACUAAAGCUAGCGACCACAGAUCAGUGUUGGAUGAAUCACCUGUAUUUGAAGGUCACAGAGGUGUGAUCAACCCGGUGACAGCUCCUAAGAACAGCCGAGGGGCCAAACUGCAGUGCGUUUAUGUAGCUGAGGGCCACACCAAACCCGUUCUCUGCGUAGAUGCCACCGAUGACCUGCUCUUUACGGGCUCCAAAGACCGUACAUGCAAAGUCUGGAACUUGGUCACAGGUCAGGAGAUCAUGUCUCUAGCAGAUCAUCCCAGCAGCGUUGUCUCAGUCAGGUAUACUUCCAGCCUCGUCUUCACCGUUUCCACGGCUUACAUCAAAGUCUGGGACAUUCGAGACUCUGCCAAGUGCAUCCGUACACUCACGUCUUCAGGCCAGGUGAGCUCAGGGGACACGUGUUCCUCUGUUAGGAGUCUAUCCAUCCCUCCAGGAGAGAGUCAGAUCAACCAGAUCGCUCUAAACCCCUCUGGCUCCUUCUUGUAUGCUGCUGCUGGCAAUGCCGUGCGCAUGUGGGACCUCCGCAAAUUUGCAUCCACAGGGAAGUUGACUGGCCAUUUGGGACCCGUCAUGUGCUUGACCGUUGAAAAGUUGGGCAACGGUCAGGACGUAGUGCUCACCGGCUCCAAAGACCGUCACAUUAAAAUGUUUGAGGUGACGGAGGGCGCUCAGGGUAGCGUCAGCUCCUGCCACACGUUUGACCCCUCCCAUCAAGACACCGUGGAGUCUCUGGCCGUGCAUGGAGACGUUUUCUACAGCAGCUCCAGAGACUGCUGCGUUAAAAAGUGGGAUUUGGCUGGUAAACAGCUGUUACAGUCGGUCAGCGCCCAGGCAGACUGGGUUAGCGCUCUGGGCGUGGUGCCAGGCUCCCGAGUGCUGCUCAGUGGGUGCAGAGGAGGGCUGAUGCGCCUUUGGCACAGCGACUCACUAGCACCCCUCGGCGAGGUCCGGGGACACGACAGUCCCAUAAACGGCCUGGCUACCAACAGCAGCCAACUGUUCACCGCCUCUGAUGACCGCACAGUAAAGAUCUGGGAAGCCAAAGGGUCUCUGGAGGACGGACUUCACUGACUCUCCAGCUGAAUUCUGACUGGUACAAAGUGGACACGGACAUGAGGAUUGACCAUCUGGCCUUCAGUGAUUCACUGUGAAUUAUUUGAGAAGUUACUGCGUCAUACAUGGAUGCCAGGCCAAAGACAACCUUAACAACGCGGAUCCUUCACCGAUGCUAAGAGAGGGGAUCGGCUUCAGGGAAAUUAGAUGCUGUACGUAUGUCCACCUGAAAGCAGUUGGUAACAUUUUAGGUCAAAACGGAUCGCUAUUAACCUAACAGUGAUCUGUAGUCUCCGUUAGAUCAUCUGUGAUGAGCGGCGCCUUCAAUAACUGGAACGAGUAAUGAAUAAAACAUGGAUUUAUUCAUUUAGGAGUUCCUCCUGUGCAUUCAACAUUCCUCCGCUUGUUUCAGGGAAGACAACAUGGAUGUGUCUAUGCAUUUAGUGAAUUUUGCCAGAGAUGCUGAGGGGGAAAAAAAAGGUUUUGAGAAUAUUCAUGCUCAGACCCAAGACUGUGAGUCCUCCCCGUUGUGUUCGCAUGGUCCGUGCUGUGUUCUGUGUUCCUUGCGUUGACGUACAAGUCAUUUCAGGUUUGUGUUACCAAGGACCAAAACGACUACUGAAACUGGAUGUGGUCUCACUGUUCAGCUUUUACUGCCAAACUCACCGGCUGAACGUAGAGGACUGUCUAAACAUGCUGUUUUUAGUUUUAGAGUUUAAGUCAGUGCAAGUGAAAUUAUGAUAACAAAAAGUGGACAUCACAGAUGAACAAUACUAUUCCUGUAGUACAUACAUGCCUUACCAAAGCUGAGAGCACUAACUUACGCAAAAAACUGAGGAGAAAAAAAAAGCUUGACAUUCAGGCAUUCACGUUUGGUCAAAUGAUGUAUAUUUACCUGGUACAGAAGCCGAGACGGCUACUCUGCGAAGCUAGGCUAAUUAGCUUUUAGCAAGGCUCAUUUAGCUGCUACUUCUUUUUUUCCAGUGAUGAUGGCUGUAGAUGCAGGGACGUCAAAUCAUAUUUUAAUUGGAAACUGGCAGGAAGUGUGCUAGCUAGGCUUAACUAGCUAGUGUUUUUGAUUUUACCUCUGAUAAACUUCUCGCCACUUGUGUUAUAAAAAGCAGUGGAACAGUUUCCAAUCAGCUCAAUUUUCCCUAAUUGGUUACUGCUUUUGCGAUUCGUUUGCACGUACUAAUGAGCUUCCUGUAAAAAUGGGAAGCUAGGCUGGUCAGCUGGUAACCAUCGGCGACAGUGCUGCUGAGGAAGGACAGUUGAAAGGGGAGGGAACUUUGGUCAUUUAAUUGGACACGCCCACCAGUGCAGGAUGAGUCGUCAACAUUUUAAAACUCUCUUGACUGCAGAAGCACUUUUGUCAUCGCUGAGUCAAACAUCAAGCUGGAUUUCAUGACGCUUUACAAAACUACUCCUGUUAAAAUGUACAGGUUAUAGUACAGCCAUCUUAGUAUUUCCCAAACCCACCAUUUCAGACUGAUGUAAACAGUGUUUUUCUUCUUGCUUCCUACGUUCUCUACUUUCCUCCGAGCAUCCGUGGCUUUAAGUGAGUGUGUUAGUUUCCUCUCCUUUUAAGUCUUCCUUUCCUGACGGCAAACUCCCGUCUGUCGUUUUUUUCCACCUGUGUCUCUUAGGGAAAUGUUCUCGCUUCCAAGAUUUUUGCUUCUUCAAACUGAAGAGGCUGCCCGCUGAGUAGCUCCCCUCUGUAAACCAUGGGAGCUGUAUCACACUUUCAAAACUGCAGCACGGCCCUGGCAGCGAGCCAUUUUAGGAAACUUUUGCCGCACGUGAUGUAGCUCAAACAUUUAAAUUCGACAAUGUGAACAUAAAUCAUUCAUGUUGAUGGACUUUAGCACCGUGUAAUUCGUGACUCAUCAGAUGCACUUUCUGAAAGCAUCUGUUAGGAAAUAUGUGCUCCUCCAGCUAAAUGAAGUUCUCGUUCAGGUCUCCCAUUCGCCUCUGCUGUCUUAGUAUCUUAGCGCCGCAGUUAAGCUGCGUGUCAAACGGCAUUCAGUCUUUUAAGUGUGUCUGAGAUGCUACUGUUUAUUUAUUUUAUUUCUGUUUUUGGUUUUGCGGUUGCGUCUUCUCUAUCCAUGAUAGAUUUUGAAGUCAUUCCUUCUCAUCGCCUCUGUUAUCUUAGCGUAGUAGACGAUGGACUGCACAGUCUUUAUGGAUUUCUCCGUAACCAGUGGUGUGUUAUCAGUGCCUGGAACGACUCCUAAACCGUACGCCGUGACCGUGGAAUCACUACUUGAUAAAUGGGGAGUGGGGUGGGGGGUGUGUCCCUCAUUAAAAAAGGUCAAACGAUAAACCGUUUAUUUGGAAAAGAGAUUGCUGCUCGGUAUCGAAGUUAGGCCUUGUCAUCGAUGCUAAAGGGUCUAAAAUGAUUGCACUGAAAAUGUAUGAUUUUGCAAAUGUCUUACAGGAUAGAGCGAUACUAGAGAAAGUGUUUUUUUAGUAGAUGGUAUAAUCCACCCACAACCAACAUGAACCGUGUUCCCAGUUCCUAAUGAUGGCCUCUUGAAGCCUUAGUUCUCCUUCUAAUUCUAGUCGUCUUUUAUUUUUUGACUGUAAAUCUGCUGAAAUGUAAAUAUGAUUUCUUCUUCCUGCUGAUUCUCUUGUGUACAAUUUCAAGUGAUUUGAAAUUUCCGAUGCAGUGUGAAAAUAAAUUUUAAUAUAAAAAAAAUAAAUGUUCUUCUUCUUAUUAUUAUUAUUUAGACAUGUGUUAAUGUGUAAUGACCACAUGGUGGUAGCACUGUAUAAUGACACCUGAUGGCAGACUACUGUGGUUGUAUCCAGCUGUUUUCAUCAUCAUCAUCAUUUUUAAUGACUGAAAUUAAAGUCCAGGAAAUACCCUCA